UUCGCUUCGCUCAAUCUCUGUGCGUCCUCGCUUUCGUCGUCCCCGGCCUCACGACAACGAUGGAGGCGGCGCUGGGGGUGCUGUGUCGCGGCGGAGGGUGGUCGUACGCGGUCGUCUGGCGCUCCCAUCCGCAUGACCCACGGUUGCUUACAUUGGGGGAGAGCUACUGUGAAGAUGAGGGUACAACACUGGUUCAGAAGAUGCUUAAUCAAGUUCAUGUUGUUGGGGAAGGCGUCAUAGGGGAAGCUCUAGUAAGCGGAAAGUGCCAAUGGAUUUCCGAUGAUACUUGCCAUGGAUUGAAUCAGACAAGCCAUGCAGAUAACCAGGAAUUAUUUCAGGGCUAUACUUGGUGGCAACACCAGUUCAGGAAUGGGAUAAAGACUAUUGCAGUUUUACCUCUUCAAUCGCAGGGCCUUGUGCAAUUCGGCUCCGUUCAGAAGAUACCCAAAAACUCGGAUUUUUUCAAUCAUGCCAGGAAUAUAUUCAAUCAGAUGAAGGGCACUUCAAGGGAUCCUUCAAUGGAGUAUACCCGAACAGAUGCCGUUGCAUAUGGUCAGCAAUCUAUACUGACUUCCUUGAGAUCUAUGAAUGACAUUCUUUCACAUAACGAGGUCAACCCAUUGCAAAGUGAGAAACUUGAGGAGAAUAUAGAGAUAGCAGAAUCACUAAUGAGUUCAAUCUGUUCUCCAAGCAAUUCACAUAGAUGUUUAAAUGAUUUGACCUCCCAUGUUAGUGGCAACACCAAUAUGAAUACUCAGAUAUUGGCGAUGCCUGUAAACUCCACGUCUAUAUAUGAGCUCAAAGGAUUUGAUAACGCCCCCAGCUUCUGUCAUCAAAAUGUUGAUGUCAGAACUCCUUUGCAAGUCAACUCUAGUAAAGAUCCUGAUUCUAGUUUUGCCAGUGUAAUGUCAGCAUACAAAAGGUUGAACGAUCUUCAUAGGACAAAGAAGGAAUCAUCUGAUCAGAACACUACCGCCAACUCUUCAAAUUUUGGCCUUGAUGAAAUUUGUUAUUCUGGUGCUGGUUUCUCAUCAGCGUUUACAACAGUAUCCGGAAAAACCAUAAAUAUUGAGAGUGAGAAAUUGCUAUGCAAUUCUAUGCCAUUCACCAUCCACCCCUGUGUUUCUGAGAUCCAAGAAAAUUGCCUCACUCCACAGCAUGUCCUUGUGCAUGAACAAUCUCUGAUGCCUGAUCCUGGAGAAUGGCCGAGUCUCCUCUCGCCUGAAGAAUCUUUUAUCAUUCAAAGUGACUUAAUGCAAUUUAAGGAUGCUACCCACUUUACAAGCCAGGCUAAUUGUACAUUUCCUGAAUUACCUAAUAGAACACUUGAAGAAGCUACUGCAGGAACAACAGACUAUGACACGAAGGAAUGUAAUGGAAAUAAUUGUCUGCUAGAAAGUAUGAUGCUUGAUCUUAGCACUAACAGCCUUGUGCAAGAUUGGUGGGAUGACAGUGUUCUAUUGGCAGGAAACCUUCCACAUGUAGGCGACACGCACUCGGAGUCUGUUACAGAACUGGCUAAUAAGCAUUCUUUGUCAAUUGGAGAGAGAUUCUUGCCUUCCAUGUCUGUUGUCGAACAAUUAUGUGAUUCAGACAAUAACAUCCAUGGUGAUUUGCAUACACCUGCGAGACAUAGUCCACUUGCGGCUAAAACUAGUCCUUUAGCUGGCUGUGUUUCAGAUUACCAGUCGCCGCAGUUUGUAUUUCAAGACUCCCUAACAGCAUACAACUCACAAGUCCCAUCAUUGGCUUGCAGUAGCUAUACAUCCGGAAAUGCCCAAAAUGGCUCUUCAAAGGCAACUUCAGUGCCACCAGCUAACAUAUCUGCAGAUGACAGUUGCAGUUUCAACAUAGCAAAUUCCAAGGUCGGUCAGUCGAACAAUCCUGAGGGAAUAAAGAUCGCGAAGAAAAAAGUUAGAUCUGGUGAGAGCACUCGGCCUAGACCAAAAGACCGACAACUGAUACAAGAUCGUGUCAAAGAAUUACGAGAGAUUGUCCCCAACAGUGCAAAGUGUAGCAUUGAUGCUUUGUUGGACCGAACAAUUAAGCAUAUGCUAUUUCUACAAAGCGUAACCAAGUAUGCAGAGAAAAUUAAGCAAGCUGAUGAACCAAAGAUGAUAGACAAAGAGAGCGGUGUUGUGUUGAAAGACAACCCGACUGCUGGCAAAAAUGGUGGUGCCACAUGGGCCUACGAGUUUGCUGGCCAAACCAUGGUUUGCCCAAUAAUCAUUGAGGAUCUUUCGCCACCUGGUCAGAUGCUUGUCGAGAUGCUUUGCGAGGAACGUGGGUUCUUCCUAGAGAUAGCUGACAACAUACGUAUGUUCGGCCUGACUAUCUUGAAAGGGCUGAUGGAGCUCCGUGAUGGCAAGAUAUGGGCGCGCUUUCUUGUUGAGGCAAACAAGGACGUCACCAGGAUGGACAUAUUUUUGUCACUUGUUCAGUUAAUGGAGCAAAAUAGCCUCGUUCCAUCCACUGACCAACUAACUAAGGUCAUGAACAACGGGGCUCCAUCCUUUGCAAAUCAUCAGCGGUCUCCGCUACCGAUUCCGGUCGGCAACGCUGAGAGACUACAGUGACUGCAGAUGUUUCGAAUAAAUAGAAUUAGGCGACUCGGCUGAUCCCAUAUUUGUUAGCCAGAACUCCAUGCAUUAGACAGAGCCUAGUGUUGACACUCGACUGUCGCACUGCUGCUAGAGACGCCAGUGUCAGGAAUGUGACUGACGCAGACGUGAGUCGCUAGUGCAGAAACUAUGAACCGUCCUGAAAACUCCUGAUGACUCGGGGAUGAUGGGUGAUCAUGUAAAAUUGUACAUGCCAUUCCCUGUCGCCUAGCUGGUUAGAAAUCUUAUGCUUGCCCCAUGGGUACUUGUGUUCUUGAUACACGCUGUACUGCUCGCUUGUGGAUUGGUUGUCGCUGUGCUUUCUAGCCGGCAUCUCAUGGCUCUGUACGUAGUAACUGGAGUUGACUGCUAGACUGUACGUACAUAUCUACGCUUUCUAGUUGCAAUAAUUGCAAGGGCUUGUUGGUUGAUUC